UCACUUUUGUUGAGAUAAUGUAUGUAUAAAAAGUGCAAUGGGAGAGUAUUCACACCUCUGCAUUCUCUUUGGUUAAGUUAAUGCCUUAUUCAACAAUUGUUUAUGUAUAUUUUAUUAUUUAUAGGUUUUGAAAAAUGUUAGUAAUCAGUCAACAGAAAUAUUAUAUUGACAUUAGUAUUCAGACCCCUUCACUCAGCACUUUGCACUCAGCACUUCAGCAGUGUUUGCAGCCUUGAUUCUUCCCAGGUUUGCCGCUAUCAGCUUUUUCAGGUCUCUCCAGUUGUGUUCGAUCGGGUUCAGGUCCAGGCUCUGGCUGGCCCACUGCAGGACAUUGACAGACUUGUCCUGAAGCCACUCUUGCGUUGUCUUGGCUGCAUGCUUUGGGUUGUUGUCCAGUUGGAAGGUAAACCAUCACCCCAUUCUGAGGUCCUGAGCACCCUGGAGCAGGUUUUCGUCAAGGAUCUGUCUGUACUUGCUCUGUAGAUCUUUUUGCAAUUAUCUCUCUACGUAACAGAUGCUCUAGAUAUAAUAUUUACCUUAAACUGUGGCGUGGUGAGUGCAGAUUGGCUGAGGAAUUCCACCUAAAAUGUCGGAGUUUGUUUUCUUGCAUAUCCGGAACGCUCAACCCAAUCAAUAAUUACUUAAAUGGUGUAGGCUUUUUGAUGUACGCGUGUGUGUGUGUGCUUUUGUCUUCUUAAGUUUAGGCUGUGUUGUUAAAUCACAAAGGUGGUUUAUGAAUCAAAGUGAGGCAUAAAUCCUCAUAGCCCCCAGCCUCUUCUCUUAGCCUCCAGACAGGUUACAUUCCAUACUGCAGAUUAAACACUGUUUAACUGAACAGGGCAAGUACAGACGGGUCCACAUGCCUACUCAGAAAACAUAUCCGUGGGAUAGAUUACCUUAAUUAGCUCAGAUGCUAAGAGGAAGCAGGGCAUGCCGACUCACCAGUCUGGUGCACUCUAACCCGCCUUUGUCUUAGAACAGGUGGUGGUCCUGAUUGUUUUGGCCCCAGUACGCACUAAGGCCUGGUAAAGAAGGCUACGCACUCUGUCACAUCAGGGGAAAUGGACGUUGUAAAGUCAACACUUGGAGUUUGUCGCGGCCCAUCCGCCGGGACUAUUUUCUGACUGUUUCUGACGCGUAAAUAAGAAAUGGCGGAGAGGUGGUUGUGGAUGUUGAUGCCGUGGAGGCUGUGCCGGAACGGGCGCGGCAACGGUGUUGGACAAGAGGAGGAGCGCCAUGUCAGAGCCAACGACAGGAACUACAAUGACAAGUUUUUCUAUGCUGACAAUCACAUCAAAACCUCAAAGUAUAACGUCUUUACCUUCCUGCCCAUCAAUCUGUUUGAGCAGUUCCAGAGGGUGGCUAAUGCCUACUUCCUGGUGUUGCUGAUACUACAGUUGAUCCCAGAGAUCUCCUCCUUACCGUGGGUCACCACUACCGUUCCCCUGGUGAUGGUGCUGGUCAUAACCGCCGUCAAAGAUGCCACCGACGACUACUUCAGGUACAAAAGUGAUCAGCAGGUGAACAACCGUCAGUCUCAGGUCCUCAGGGGAGUUUUACAGAAUGAGAAGUGGAUGAAUGUACGUGUGGGGGACAUUAUCAAGCUGGAAAACAAUCAGUUUGUGGCGGCAGAUAUACUGCUUCUCUCCAGCAGUGAACCCUAUGGACUGUGCUAUAUUGAAACCGCUGAGCUGGAUGGAGAGACCAAUCUGAAGGUUCGCCAGGCUUUGACUGUGACCUCAGAGUUGGGAGCAGACAUAUUGAAGCUGGCUGAAUUCAAUGGAGAAGUGAUCUGUGAGGCGCCAAACAACAAGCUUGACAAGUUCAAAGGGACCCUGUACUGGAGGGGCAGCAAGUUCCCACUGGACAAUGAAAAAAUGCUCCUGAGAGGCUGCGUGCUCCGGAACACCGACUGGUGCUUCGGAAUGGUCAUCUUCGCAGGGCUGCAAACUAAACUGAUGCAGAACUGUGGGAGGACUACAUUGAAAAGGACCAGCAUUGAUAAACUGAUGAACACUUUAGUAUUAUGGAUCUUUGGCUUCCUGGUCUGCAUGGGUGUGAUCCUGGCUAUUGGGAACACCAUCUGGGAGCAGGAGGUCGGGAGGAGCUUCCAGGUCUAUCUCCCGUGGGAAAGACCAGUCAGCAACAACAACGCAGUGUUCUCUGGGUUCCUCACAUUCUGGUCUUACAUCAUCAUCCUCAACACAGUGGUUCCCAUAUCGCUCUAUGUCAGUGUGGAGGUCAUUCGUCUGGGCCAUAGUUACUUUAUUAACUGGGACGGGAAGAUGUACUACGGCCAGAAAGACACUCCGGCUGAGGCCAGAACCACUACACUGAACGAGGAGCUAGGUCAGGUGGAGUUCAUCUUCUCAGACAAAACCGGAACCCUCACACAGAACAUCAUGGUCUUCAACAAAUGUUCCAUCAACGGGAAUACCUAUGGAGAUGUUUAUGAUGAAUUUGGUCACAAAGUAGAGGUAUCCGAGAGAACGGCCUGUGUGGAUUUCUCUUUCAAUCCUCUGAGUGACAGGAAGUUCACGUUCCAUGACAGUAGCCUGGUUGAGGCCAUUAAGAUGGAGGAGCCAUCCGUGCAGGAAUUCUUCAGACUGCUAGCCCUUUGUCACACUGUGAUGUCCGAAGAAAAGAACGAAGGAGAUCUCCUAUACCAGGCCCAGUCACCUGACGAGGGAGCCCUGGUUUCAGCUGCGCGGAACUUUGGCUUUGUGUUCCGAUCCCGAACUCCAGAGACCAUCACACUGUACGAGAUGGGGACAGCUGUAACCUACCAGCUUCUGGCGAUCCUCGACUUCAACAACGUGCGCAAGAGAAUGAGUGUCAUUGUGAGGAACCCAGCAGGUCAGACAAAGCUGUACUGUAAAGGAGCUGAUACCAUUAUCUUUGACAGACUGGAUCCGUCCAAUGAAGACCUAAUGGACACUACCUCUGAGCAUCUCAACGAGUUUGCUGGAGAAGGCCUGAGAACACUAGCCCUGGCCUACAAAGUCCUGGAUAGGGAUUUCUUUGAGGAAUGGAUGACAAGGCUUCUGUUGGCCAGCACUGUGAUGGAGAACAGAGAGCAACGACUGGCGGAUCUCUAUGAAGAGAUAGAGACCGGCCUGCUGCUCCUUGGAGCCACUGCAGUAGAAGACAAACUGCAGGAGGGGGUUCCUGAAACCAUUGCCUGCCUUACUCUAGCAAACAUUAAGAUCUGGGUGCUCACCGGAGACAAAUUAGAGACUGCAAUGAACAUCGGCUACUCCUGCAACAUGCUGAGAGACGAUAUGAAUGAGGUGUUCAUAAUAUCAGGACACACUGCCGCAGAGGUGCAGCAACAGCUCAGGAGUGCCAGGGAGCACAUCCUUGGUCUGAGCAGAGUCAGCAAUACUGCAGAUGAGGAAAAGACAGAAAUGUUCUCAAAUGACUCUGUGUUUGAGGAGACCAUCAUCGCGGAGUACGCCUUGAUCGUCAAUGGCCACAGUUUGGCCCACGCCCUGGAACCCGAAUUGGAGCAGGUCCUCCUGGAGACAGCGUGCCUCUGUAAGACGGUGAUCUGCUGCAGGGUGACCCCCAUGCAGAAGGCCCAGGUGGUGGAGCUGGUCAAGACCAACAAGAUGGCAGUCACCCUGGCCAUAGGAGACGGGGCCAAUGACGUCAGCAUGAUCAGGACGGCUCAUAUAGGUGUGGGUAUAUCAGGCCAGGAAGGAAUGCAGGCGGUGCUAGCCUCAGACUACUCUUUUGCCCAGUUCCGCUAUCUACAGCGCCUCUUGCUGGUCCACGGCCGCUGGUCCUACUUCCGCAUGUGUAAUUUCUUGUUCUACUUCUUCUACAAGAACUUUGCCUUCACCCUGGUGCACUUCUGGUUCGGCUUCUUCUGUGGUUUCUCUGCUCAGACGGUCUAUGACCAGUGGUUCAUCACCCUGUUCAACAUAGUCUACACGUCUCUGCCGGUCCUGGCCAUGGGGCUGUUUGAUCAGGACGUGAAUGAAGCCAACAGCCACCGCUACCCAGGUCUCUACAGACCAGGGCAGCUCAACCUGCUGUUCAACAAGAGACAGUUCUUCCUUUGUACGCUCCAGGGGAUUGUCACCUCGUUCCUCCUAUUCUUCGUACCCUACGGAGCCUUCUCGCUCGGCGUCAGGGCUGACGGAUUGCACCUCUCGGAUCAGCAGUCUUUCGCUGUCACCAUAGCGACGUCCUUGGUCAUAGUGGUGAGUGUUCAGAUCGGACUGGAUACAUACUAUUGGACGGCUGUGAAUCAUCUAUUUGUGUGGGGAAGUCUGGCGGUCUACUUCGCUAUAUUACUCGCUAUGCAGAGCGACGGCCUCUUCAGCAUAUUCCCCAGCCAGUUCCCAUACAUUGGCACGGCGCGUAGCUGCCUGGCUCAGUGGAGUGUGUGGCUGGUGAUCCUUCUGACAACAGCAGUAUGCGUCUUGCCGGGGAUGGCGGUGCGCUUUCUGAAGACUGAUCUCUACCCGACUCUGACGGACAAGGUGCGGCGGCUGCAGAAGGCCAGCAGGAAGCAGGGUCCCCGGGAGCAGAACCUGCGACGCGUUCGGAGGACGAGUUCGCGACGUUCGGGCUACGCCUUUUCACACCAACAGGGCUACGGCGAGCUCAUCACCUCAGGAAAGAACAUGAAGGUCAGCCCCAGCACUGCUGGUCCAUCCCCUUGCUUAUCCUCCCCUGGGGUUCGUAACAGCAGACAUUUUCUAGAGAACACAAUGCAGAGGAAGGAGGAGACCCCUGAGGAGGCCUCAGGGACCUGGGAAGUCCGAGCUAGAACUCAACAGACUCUGGAAUCCAAUGUGGGUUCUCAUUCCAAUGGAACUCAACAGACUCUGGACUCCAAUCGGAGCUCUAAUUCCAAUGAAACUCAGCAGACUCUAAUGGACUCCAGAAGUGAUGCCAAUGGGGCCAUUCAGACAUGACCUUUACACCCAGCCUUUAUAUAUUCUGAACAAGAGCAUACAAUGCAUGAUGAUCCUGUCGAAUUCUGAUCAGUUCAUCUACACCUGGCUCCAUCAGACAAGGUCAGAGCACUGUGCAAGCAAGUUCGUGAUGGUCUAGCUCCUACAUCAGAGGAACGUGCACCAUUCUGAGAUGAAAGCGUCUGAUAAAUGUCCAGACUGUAGACCCUUGACAAGCAACAGCCAAGGGUUAAUCUCAAUUGUCAGAGCACAUCAACUGCAUAACGGCAUGCAGACUCCGAAGAACCAGCACAGGAGUUUUCAAUAUCCUCCUAAAGGACUGUAGUGACAACUUUGGUUGGAGUUCUCCUUUUGAGAAGUAUAGGUGCAGAGUAGAAUGUGACCCUUAUCACCAACUCAGCAGCCUGGGCUGGACUGCCAGUUGGUCAUAAUGUACUGUAGACAAUUGAACAAUUGAAAUUAUAAUGUAAUACAGGAAUGUACGCUUCUGGGAAAUAUUAAGCACAAUUUGAUAAUUGUUAGAAUAACUAUUGUUGGAAAUCGUGUUUUACCGAUAACCGUGAAUGACAAUUUGUACAGACAUUGUUUGUCAUGUUAUUUUCACCAGGUUUUGCACAUAUGAUACACACAUGAUAAUUGAAUCUAUGACUACCUCAACGAAAUUGAGGUUUGGAAUGCUCCCACUAAAAGCACUUGAAGAAUG